AUGGCGGCCAUAUCUUCCAUAUACCCGCUCGGAUCUCCUCAAGAACACAUCCCAAAGUGUGAGAAACACGAUUUGAUAAUAGACUUGACAUGUGAGGACUGUGAUGAAUUUAUUUGUUCACAGUGUGCCAGAACAGACCACAAGGAACACGACUGGAAAACUAUAUCCACAGCAGGAAGUCUAAGGAGACGAGAGCUAAAGAAGACUCUGGUAAAGGUUAAGGAGGGAGAUAUGACAGAGAUAGAUGAGAAUAUAACAAUGGCAUCAAAACAAAUGGAAGACAACAAAAAAUGUUGUGAUUCUGAGGUCUUUAAGCUUCAGAAACAUUAUGAUGCGAUUGUGUCAAAACUUGAUGUAAUCAAGGAGAAUUUGGAGACUAAACUGAAAGAAAAUCUAGAAAGAAAAAAUGCUGAAGUGAGUAAGAAAAAAAUAGAAUUAGAAAAGAAAAGAGAACAAAUCAAUGAUCUUGUGAAAUUUCUUGAAGACAAACACGGUACCAUGUCUGACUUAAGUUUGAUAGACAACCUCAGAGACUUAACUAUCUUCGUGUAUAACACAGACAAUUAUAUAGAGAAUGGGGGUCAUUCUGUGAGGUACAGAAGAGGGGACAUUAGAGAGGCAUUAUUAGAGUCCAUGAUGGGGCAAACUUUUGAUUUGGAUGAUAUCAGUGUUACAGAGACAGAUUCAUUUCAAUAUGGAGAUAAAGUUUUAAGUGUGUUGGAGGCAAUCGAUAAAAAUACAUGUUUUGUGAAUGAUAUUGAAUCAGAAUAUUUCCAACGAAUUAAUAUAAAAAAUAAGAAAAAAGAAAAAUUCAAUGUAGAUGUGAAUGAUGUAUGUGUAACAGACAAUGGUGAUGUGUAUGUCUCUGAUAGUGCGAACGACUUCAUUGUCCGUCUGUCCCCGUCAGGCUCAAUCUCUACAGUAUUCAGUACAGCUCCACUGGAACCAGAGGGAAUCUGUCAAUCCACACAAGGAGGACUGCUGGUCACUUUGAGAGAUACUGAGUCAGAACUUUAUCAACCGGACUCACACAGCAGACGUCUGGUCAGACACGUGACAUUGACUGGUGACGUCAUCCGUGAGUACGAGUACCAGGAGGACGGUCAGACCAGGCUGUUUACUGAACCAUACAUAGUCAGACAGAAUGGUAACACUGAUAUAUGUGUGGUGAACUGUACAAGUGAAUAUACUGGUGAACUGGUGAUUCUAUCUUUAACUGGAUCUCUAAAGUUAGUUUACAGUGGAAAGAAACUGACAAGCCCAUUCAAUCCAACUGAUGUAGUAUGUGACUCUCACAACAACAUCAUUGUGAAUGACAUGUCUAACAGCCAGAUACAUCUCCUGAGUCCUGAUGGGGAGUUUAAGAAGUUCCUACUGACAGAAACUGAUAUAAAAAACCCAUAUUCUAUAUCUCUUUAUAAAUCCACAUUGUGGGUAGGUGACUACCACGGACUCAUCAAAGUGUUUCAGUUGAAAAACAUUUAAAAUCACGAUGUACUUGAUUUUAUGUUGAUCUCAUAUUUGUACACUUUAUAUUACGAACUCAGAGAUAUAGAUCAAGCAUAUUAUAAAUAAUGUGUAAAUACUGUAAAACAAUUAGUGUAGCUUUAAGGUUGUCACUGAAAGGAGAGUAUCAACAGAAAUUAUGUUUGAUUUGGAUUACUAGCUCUAACAGUCUUGGUUGGCAAUGCUUAACUUCAAAGGGGGUUAUAAGGUUAAUUUUAAGGUUAUGAGGUUUUUUUAUGUUACUAAAUUUUACAAAGAAGCAUGACCAAACGACAAUAAACAGCCAUGUUUCAGAAAACGAGCUACUCGAUCCAUGUUUGAGUUGAUGUUAAAGUUUUUUGGGACAACAUUUGUUUUAGAUCGUUAUAUUUACAUCUACCGAGUAUGAUUCACUUUA